GGAAGUUUGUCGGGAAAUUUGUGGAGGUGUUUUGCGGUAUUGUCAACAAAUGGUUUAAUAUAACAAUUGUUACAGUUUAUUCGAAAGUUCCGCAUGCUUUUUGGAAAUCGCCUUAAAUAAAAAUUAGAAAAAACGAGUUCAGUGAUUUUUUUCAGAGGUUGAACGAUCAGUCAGUGUUCUGUGUGUGUAGCGGGGUUAUUUCGUAACAGGGCAGUGAAAAAUCCCCCUGCUGAAUGUCCUGUUUGGCUGUUUGAAAGACUGGUUUUCAGCAAGGCCUAUGGAGAAAGAAAUGCAGGGAGGGGUUGCUGCAGUAGCAGGGGGGGCAACAGUAGGGAGUACCACAACACAGAGCCGCUCGGAAGACGAGGAAUCUGCAGGUGGCAAAGAUAUCAAAAGAACAGCGGCACAGGCUUUCAGCGGGGGUGUCCCUAAACGCAGGAGUUCGUCCAGGUCAAUCAAGCGGAAGAAGUUUGAUGAUGAACUGGUGGAGAGUAGUCUGGCUAAGUCAUCUAGCCGGGUGAAGGGUGCUCCUUUGAUGGAGCCAGCUCGUUGCUCAGGAAGCGAGCCUUCCUCCACUGAGAAGAAGAAGGUUUCUAAGUCCAGCACCACCCUGGCACCCCCCCUGACCAUGAUGGUCACACCACCCCCCAUAACCAAAAGGGUUAAGAAGAGUAAACAGCCUCUGCAAAUCACUAAGGACCUGGGUCGAUGGAAACCCACUGAUGACCUCCUGCUCAUUAAUGCAGUGCUGCAGACGACAGACCUGACCUCAGUCCAUCUGGGAGUUAAAUUCAGCUGUCGGUUCACCUUACGUGAAAUCCAGGAGCGGUGGUAUGCCCUGUUGUAUGACCCUGUUAUUUCCAAGUUAGCAUGGCAGGCUAUGCGUCAGCUUCACCCUGAAGCUAUAGCAGCCAUCCAAAGUAAAGCUCUCUUCAGCCAGGCAGAGGAGGCACUGUUGUCUAAGAUCAGUUCGAACAGUCAGCCCAAACUGGAAGUGUUCCAGGACCUGCUGAAUAAGCACCCAGGCAUCUUCUAUCCUUCACGCACACCUAAGAGCUUGAUGGUGCACUGGCAGCUUCUCAAGCAGUACUACCUUCUGGAAGACCAGAGUGUUCAGCCCUUGCCAAAGGGGGACCAGGUACUCAACUUCUCAGAUGCUGAACAACUUGUAGAUGAGGCUAAGCUCAAGGACAGCAGAGAUGAGGUUUUAGAACAUGAACUGAUGAUUUCUGACAGGCAUCAAAAGAGAGAGAUUAGGCAGCUGGAGCAAGAGCUUCCACGGUGGCAAGUCCUGGUGGACAGCAUUACGGGAAUGAAUUCCCCAGAUUUUGACAACCAGACCCUUGCUGCUCUCCGAGGAAGAAUGGUGCGCUACCUUAUGCGAUCUCGUGAGAUUACUUUAGGUCGAGCCACCAAGGACAAGCAGAUAGACGUGGAUCUGUCUCUAGAAGGCCCUGCAUGGAAGAUCUCCAGGAAACAAGGGAUUAUCAAGCUGAAGAAUAAUGGUGACUUUUUCAUUGCUAAUGAGGGCCGCAGGCCCAUCUACAUCGAUGGGAGGCCGGUCCUGUCUGGGAACAAGUGGAAACUCAAUAAUAACUCUGUGGUGGAGAUUGCCAGCCUCCGUUUCGUCUUCUUGAUCAACCAAGAGCUGAUAUCCCUCAUCAAAGCUGAAGCAGCCAAGAUGACCCAGCAGUGAGGCUCCAGCAGCCAAGCUUGGUAUAUGUGGGUUGGGGGAAUACAGUGUGCGCAUGGCCACGGGUAAGCAGAGCUUUGCGUGUCUGUGGGACCCUGAGGCUGGCUUUCAGACUCAAAUUAGCAGCCACCUGCCCAGCCUUAUAACUCCACAGAGAACUUCCUGUGUGGGUGCAAGUAAAACCUUCCAAGUGUCAGUUGUCCACGUCCCGCAGUUGGCUGAACACAGCCCUGAACACCACUGCCAGACCAGCAAAUGUGCGGGACUGAAGUGGGUGUGGCCCUGGUGUCUUUGACAGCUAUAUCAGACUGUUCUUUAUCCCAGUUCCAGGGACUUAAUUACAUAGAUGUUUGAACAGAUUUAAUUACACCUUUUCCACAGUGCCUACAAGAGAAUGCUUUGGUCUAUGUGAAUUACCACUUCUUCAGUUAGGGCAGGGCUUUUAGAAGUUUGUAUACCAAUGAUAAUGUGUGUAAAAUAGUCUGGUCAGUUUGUGUUUGCAUCUUUUUAAGAAAUAAAGAAUAUUGUUAAGUAUUUAUUCAGGUGCUGGGAAAUGGAGGUGCAAAUUUGUGUUUACCACAUGAAACAUUUACUGGGCUAUCAGUACCAAGUGUCCACACUACAAUGCUCCUAUAAAUGGAAAUAACCACCACUGGUGAUUAAAUCCAUGCGUCAUUCAUACUUCAUUACACUUGUAUUUCCUACAGGAUGUGUAAUAUAAGAAUGUUGUGUUUCAGAUGAGUAUUGUAUGGUUCCACCAUUAAGCAAAAGUCUUCAGUACUGAUCUC